AUGCUAGAAUCAAACACAUAUGGUACUCCUAUUCAGCAGAAUCAUGGGUUAGGAGUAUAUGAUCCAAAAGAUGUACCUGUUGAAGCUUCUUAUUAUCGAGCAAUCAUUGGCUCAUUGGUGUAUCUGACUACUUCUAGGCCAGAUAUUAUGUUCGCUGCUUGUUUAUGUGCUAGAUUUCAAGCUAGUUCGAAAGAGUCGCAUUUGGUUGCAGCAAAACGUAUUCUUCGAUAUUUGAAAGGAAACCAAGGGAUUGGUCUAUGGUAUCCUAUGGGAGGAACGUUUGACUUUGUUGCAUAUGUUGAUUCGGAUUUUGGUUGUUGUAACAAUGACAGGAAGUCUGCUACUAGAGGAUGUCAGUUCUUAGGGGGGAGACUUGUAUCAUGGCGGUGUAAGAAGCAGACAUUUGUUGCUCAAUCUUCGUGUGAGGCAGAAUAUAUGGCUGUUGGUAGCUACUGUUGCCAGGUAUUGUGGAUUCAACAACAACUUCGCAACUAUGGUAUGGAUUUUCUUGAUACUCCUAUUAGAAUAGACAAUAAAUUAGCUAUAGAUAUUACAAAUAACAUUGUUAUGCAUUAA